GGCGGCGGCGGCGGGCGGGAGCCGCGCUCGCUCCAGCUGUUUCCCGCCUUGGGCCGCGGGCAGAGGCCGGAGCCGGGCCGGGAGGGGCUGAACCGGGCCGGGACGAGCCGGGCUGGGCUGAACCGGGCCCCCCGCCCCCCGUUAUGGAGUACUUCAUGGUGCCGGCCCCCAAGGUGCCGGCCCUGCAGCACUUCAGGAAAUCCGAGAAGGAGGUCAUCGGUGGGCUCUGCAGCUUGGCCAACAUCCCACUGACUCCAGAGACCCAGCGGGACCAGGAGCGACGGAUACGCAGGGAAAUCGCCAACAGCAACGAGAGGCGGCGGAUGCAGAGCAUCAAUGCUGGCUUCCAGUCCCUGAAAACCCUCAUCCCACACACGGAUGGGGAGAAGCUCAGCAAGGCAGCCAUCCUCCAGCAGACAGCUGAGUACAUCUUCUCCCUGGAGCAGGAAAAGACUCGGCUACUGCAGCAGAACACCCAGCUCAAGCGGUUCAUCCAGGAAUUCAGUGGCUCCUCCCCGAAACGGCGACGGGCAGAGGACAAGGACGAGGGGAUCGGCUCGCCCGACAUCUGGGAAGAUGAGAAGGCCGAGGAUCUGCGUCGGGAGAUGAUUGAGCUCCGGCAGCAGCUGGACAAGGAGCGCUCGGUCCGCAUGAUGCUGGAGGAGCAGGUUCGCUCCCUGGAGGCCCACAUGUACCCCGAGAAGCUGAAGGUGAUUGCUCAGCAGGUGCAGCUCCAGCAGCAGCAGGAGCAGGUGAGGUUGCUGCACCAGGAGAAGCUCGAGCGCGAGCAGCAGAUCCGAACCCAGCUCCUGCCAUCACACGCUCCCCCAGCGCCCACCCACCACCCCACCGUGAUCGUUCCAGCGCCGCCUCCCUCCCAUCAUGUCACCGUGGUCACCAUGGGCCCGUCCUCGGUCAUCAACACGGUCUCCACGUCCCGGCAAAACCUGGACACCAUCGUUCAGGCCAUCCAGCACAUCGAGGGCACGCAGGAGAAGCAGCUGCAGGAAGAGGAGCAGAGACGCGCCGUCAUCGUAACGCCGGCGCGCGCCUGCCCCGAGCCCUCCGCCUCCGACACCGCCUCCGACACCGAGGGCAACGACAGUGACUCCAUGGACCAGAGCAAAGAGGAGCCCUCGGGGGAUGGGGAGCUGCCCUGACACCCCCCGGCCAGCAGCUGGGGAGGGAAGCCGGGGCAGGGGGGGGAAACGUCAGAGAAUAUGCUGAAAUUUUUAAAAAAUACAACGUGAUUUGGGUCUCUUUUAUGACCUUUUUCCAAUACUGUAAAGCAGAGCGUUAGAGGCAGGCAAAGGUCACCCUUCAGCUCCCAGGGGGGCGGGGGCUUGGGGG